GGUUUGUUUAUUUUUCUUUGGACCUUUAAAGCUGCGUUGGCCGUGAGACCUCCACACCUGCUUGUCUGACACAUAUCACGCAGUUGCUUUAUUGGUCUCAUUGGCUACAGAUUCCCAUCAACAACACGCAGAACGAAAAGGUUGUGUACGAGAGUUCCCGUUCUAUCUAUGUGUCGUUAGCUUGUCUUGUUGGUUAGCUCACGUCCAGCGCAGCAGUCUCGAAAUUGCAAUCCUCCCACCUGCCAAACCAUCAUACAAUGAUGGAGAGCAAAGAUACCGUACACUUAGAUAUCUCGCAGCUCACUGGGGACAUGGUUGCUCUCGUGGAUGGCGAUCAACCGAAAAGCAAAAGUAGCCUGUUCCCACCAACCCCUGCAGCAGCAAAACAAUGGCUUAGUCAGAAGAGGCAGAGCAUCAAGCCCUGGAGGCAGUUCGCUGAUUUCAACAGAUUCCAGGUGCCUAAAACACUGACCCAGGCUACCACGAGAGUAGUGAGAAAUGUGGAACAUUACCAGAGCAACUACCUUUUUGUCUUCCUGGGACUCAUUAUCUAUUGCAUCCUAACUUCUCCGUUGUUACUGAUAGCUAUUGCUGCAGCAAUGGGUGGUGCUUACAUCAUACGCCUGAAGAGUGCUGAAGGGAAAUUGCGUCUGUUCAAUCGUGAGCUCACAGCAGUCCAACAGUACUGCCUUGUUGGCAUGAUGUGCUUUCCCCUCUUUUACCUGGCUGGUGCUGGAGCCGCAGUCUUCUGGGUGAUUGGGGCAUCCUUCUUCACAAUAAUGCUCCAUGCAACACUGUAUGCGGUCGAAGAUGUUCCUGUGGAAGGAUUUGAACUCCAAACGCAGACAGUAUGAAGCACUAGACUGUUCCAAGGAGUAUGCGCUUUGCAAGGCAGACAAGAAGCUCUAGCAAGGUGGUUCAGCCAAGGAGCAUCACAUUGGCAUUAUCCUUCCGAAAAUUUUUGUCCGUGCUGCUUGCUGUAUAAUGCAUUUCUAAUAUAUUUUGCACUUUUAUUGUACAUAGGACUGGAAAUAGCCACAAGCCGGGCGGCAUAAAUUUUUGUGAUUGGGUUUGUAAUUUACAAGAACAUGUAAAAUAAAAAAUGUGACUUGCAGA